UUUUAGGGCACGUUCCCACAUGUUCACUCACCUUACAGGUGUUUUGCCUGACUUGCUCAGCUGUCUAUUUCAAAACUGCUUGCACGUUGCUUUCCAGAGGAAUUCAGAGAUACAAAAGGAGGAUGAUUGCUUCUAAAGUCUAGAUUUCUAAAUCAAAAUAGUAGAAGCCUAGGACCUUGAUGCUGUGUGAAUUCUUGAGUGCUGGACAGGGUCUUUUUGAGGGGUAGGCUGCUGGCAAGCUGCUUCUCCAUCAGACACACCUUUGGGUUGGGCUAUUUUGGAAACUUAAGUAAUUGAUGAGGCUCAAGGUAUGGUCUGCUAGGAACAAGUGAUUUUAUUGUGUGUUUUUACACCUACUUCGAUCAGCUGAUGCAGUUGACUGACAGUCUCCUCUGCAAGUAACUGAGGGCGGAGGAGUGCUGACCUGCGGUGAGCCUUUCCUGACUUUUUCCCGAAGUGGGGAUCGCUGGCUUUCAGGCAGCUAGGCAAGAGAGAAAAAGGGACGUGAUAUGGGGGUACCUUUAUUUGGGGAGAGCAAUGCCUUCUAUUCCCGGAUAUGGAACGGACUAAGUCAGAAACUGCAAGGCAAAAAAUCCUGGGAUAAACAUCUGGAUGAAAUCUACUUACUCCAGCAGAAAAGGAUCUGGGAAUCCCCACUCCUCCAGGCUGCCAAAGAGAACGACCUUGCUGCCAUUAGGAAACUUCUCACUGACGGAACAUGUGAUAUCUAUCAGAGAGGAGCAGUGGGAGAGACUGCCCUUCACGUAGCUGCCAUGUACGAUAACUUGGAGGCAGCAGUGGCUCUGAUGGAAGCAGCUCCCGAGCUUAUCAAUGAGAGGAUGACAUCAGAACUUUAUGAAGGGCAGACAGCUCUCCACAUUGCAGCAGCCAACCAGAACAUCACCUUGGUGAAGGCUUUGCUUAAGAGAGGAGCCAAUGCCAGCACAGCAAGGGCCACUGGACACUUCUUCAGACGCAGCUCCCAGAACCUUUUCUAUUUUGGUACAGCCUUGACUUCUCCCCUUGCUGCUCUAGGAGGGAACCAGCAGAGUGGAGAGCAUGUUUUAUCCUUUGCUGCCUGUGUGGGAAAUGAGGAAAUUGUGCAGCUGCUCAUUGAAAAUGGAGCUGACAUUAGAGCUCAAGAUUCUCUGGGUAACACUGUUCUUCACAUCCUGGUUCUCCAACCCAAUAAGACGUUUGCCUGCCACAUGUACAGCCUGAUACUUUCCUAUGACAGGAGCAAAGAGGGACCAGGGUCACUUGAACUGAUUCCUAACAAUGAGGGGCUUAGUCCAUUCAAACUGGCUGGAGUUGAGGGCAACACUGUGAUGUUUCAAUACCUCAUGCAGAAGCGGAAGCAGAAUCUCUGGUCCUUUGGCCCCUUGAGCACGGUGCUGUACGAUAUCACAGAGAUCGACUCCUGGGCUGAAGAUCAAUCCUUCCUGGAGCUCAUUGUAUCCACCAAGAAGAGAGAGGCACGCCAGAUCUUGGACCUAACACCUGUGAAGGAGCUGGUGAGCCUGAAGUGGAACAUGUAUGGUCGUCCCUAUUUCUGUUUCCUGGCCUUAUUCUACAUCCUCUACAUGGUGUGCUUCACCAUGUGCUGCGUCUACCGGCCUCUGAAACCCCGAACAGGCAACAGAACCAGCAGCAGGGACAACACCGUCUAUGUCCAGAAAAUGCUUCAGGAAUCAUAUGUGGCGUAUGAGGAUGAGCUGAGGCUGGUGGGGGAGCUGAUCACAGUCAUUGGAGCUGUAGUAAUUUUGGUCCUUGAGAUUCCAGAUAUCCUUAGAGUUGGAGCAGCGAAAUACUUUGGACAAACAAUUCUAGGAGGACCUUUCCACAUAAUUGUCAUCACAUACGCUUGCAUGAUCCUGGUGACCAUGGUGAUGCGUCUCACCAGCACAACUGGGGAGGUGGUGCCCAUGUCCUUCGCCCUGGUGCUGGGAUGGUGCAAUGUCAUGUACUUCGCACGGGGCUUCCAGAUGCUCGGACCUUUCACCAUCAUGAUCCAGAAGAUGAUAUUUGGAGAUCUCAUGCGCUUUUGCUGGCUCAUGGCUGUGGUGAUAUUGGGCUUUGCAUCAGCUUUUUACAUCAUCUUCCAGACGGAGAACCCUGAAAACCUCGGGCAGUUCUACAACUAUCCCAUGUCCUUGUUCACCACUUUUGAGCUGUUCCUCACUAUCAUUGAUGGCCCUGCAAACUACGAUGUGGACCUGCCCUUCAUGUACAGCGUGGUGUACUUUGCUUUUGCCAUCAUCGCCACCCUCCUCAUGCUCAACUUGUUGAUUGCCAUGAUGGGUGACACUCACUGGAGAGUAGCCCACGAGCAGGAUGAGCUCUGGAGAGCCCAGGUUGUUGCUACUACUGUCAUGCUGGAGAGGAAACUGCCCCGGUGCCUCUGGCCUCGCUCGGGAAUCUGUGGGCGGGAGUUUGGGCUGGGGGACCGAUGGUAUCUCAGAAUUGAAGACAGGAUUGAUCCCAACAAGCACAAGAUGAUGCGGUACACAGAGGCAUUUAAGGCUCAGGACAGGGAAAGCUAUGACAAGGGUUCAGAAAAGCUGGAAACCAACGGGGACACCUUGUGCAAGAAGGACCUGUCUGCUCUGUCACUGUCCCUGUCACGGAGCACAUCCAGAACCAGCUCUCACCGCGGCUGGGAGAUCCUGAGGCGCAACACCUUCCGCCAGCUUUGCGGAGAGGUCGGUCCUGCUGUGGGUGAAGAGGUCUAUGAUGUCUAAGAAGCCUCUAUUUUCACUCCACAAGAUGUGAAGUGGCCCUUUUGCCACGACAGUUGUCUUCUCCAGCUGUUCACACACUCCCCAUCAUGCCACACACACAGUCAGCCUUGGAGAACUCUGCUGGCGAAGAUUUUGUGAGCAGCUCAUGACAUCUGUGCUACAACAAAAGAAUGCAAUUUUUUCUCUCCCACUUAUAAGCAUCUCUGCAAUUGCACUGAUAUUUGCACCAAGCUGGUGGGCUUGUUGAGCUAUGUAAUGCAAAUGAUCAAAAGAAGCCUGCGAUGGGAUUUCAUCCAUUUCCAACAAAGUGAUCAGUAAGCCCUCUUCCAGACUGUUACAUAGAGUAUGAUCUUCCCCAUCCAGUUUCACAAAAUUGCAAGGCUCUCAUAGCAAAGAAUGACUGAAGUUCUGAUUUAUAAUUUGGUACAGAAUGGAAGAAAAUCCCAAACUCUCCCAAACCCCACAAACCCUGUAACUGAUCUCAGGAAUGAAGGUACUGUUGACACUGUGAUGAUUGAAAGGACUGUAACUAUUUAGCUGGCAUUUAGGGCCUGACAGAUUUUGCCCUCUGAAGAAAGGCAGUCUCCAUUAACUGCAUUUUCAACAUUUCUGGCUUAGAAGGACUGUUUUGGUUUUAGUUUGGUUUGCUUGUUUGGAUUUUUUAUUGGUGAUGGAUAUUUUUGCUUGUUUGUCUUCAUUUUUUGUCACAUGAAUGCACUUUAAGCUUUUGAAAAGAAGUGACUGCUGUUCCUGGGAGGAUUCUAAAGUGGGGACUUCUUUUCCAAUUGAGUGUAUGACCUGGUUAGGUGACUUCCAGCAGCGUGAAAUUUCAGCAGAGAUACUUAUCUCCCAAGUAAGCUAAAGUUGGGCUUUUGUUUUUGUGGAAGAAUAGGUUUCUGAACCAUAGAUCCCUGACUUAUAACUGAGCCAUCAAGGUUGAGUAGUGAGCUCCUAUUUAAUGCAGAAAGAAAGGGUGAGGGGAUGUUGGAUAGAUGAAUGAGAGCUAUAGCAGACACAGUUCAGAAGCUGGUGCUCUCUCUCUCUGUCUCUCUGAAAGUCUAAAACCAUCCAAUGAACAACUGAGGCAUCCACACUGUUCCCUUCUAGGCAAGACACUGUCUGUCAGUUUAUCAUCUGCCUCAGGCCACUUUAAGAAAAAUGAAGAAAUGUUCAGAGAAAUGGACAGUAAUUUCAGGGUUUUUUUUUUUGGUAUUCUCAGGAGUUUCAUUCCAGUAGCAGAAGUUAAGCAGAAAGCAAUCCAUGGUCUUAACAUUUCCUUCCAAUGGUACUAGUAACAGCAACUUUGUUCUUUAAGAAACUAAAGACUAUUAUCUAGCACUAGACUUUGAGCCAAAUCACCCUGUGAUAAUCAAAGCAGACAAUGAAAAAGCUGAAUCCAGUGGAUUUCUGAUUGUAUUGAAAUAUCACUGCAAACCUCUCUUACACCUUCUCACUUGCAGGUGCUCUAAUGAGUAUCAUGACCUUUGCAAUCAUGUGUAUUUAUUUGAAUGCCCACUUUCUCCUACUUGAAUGAAUGUUUUUUUAAAAUUUUUUUUCGUGCUCCAAUGGAAGACAGACAGAAGGCUGUCACUCUGGAAUUCAACUGUAUGAUUUUGAGUUGGCUAAUGUUAUUGAAUUGAAGGUAUUGCCUGGUCUCAGUCACUGAAGAGCUGUCAGUC